CAGUUGAAGUAUCUGAUUGUUAAUGAUAGGUGUUCAGAGAUUUUAAAGCAAAUUUGAAAUGAAUGUUCUAUGAACCCGCUUCACGGUUGCCGAAUUUAUGAAAAUAUUUUUUAGAACUUGAUUUUACAAAUUCGGUUGCGUUGGCCAGACAUCUUCAGUAUGGCUACCCGCCGGCCACUGAUCGUCAACAACAGAAUGAGCAUGAUUCCGACCAGAGCCCGCCUCGAUGAAAAUCAUAAGGUGCUAAAGAACUCAGUCAUUGGUCAAGAGAAUGGCCCUGCAGGAAAGGGUGUGUCUACGAAAGUUGCUGUGAAAGGAUCUGGUGUUACGACGAGGCAUGGUUUAAUCGCCCUUGACAAGAAUGUCGGAAUCGGAUCGCAGCCAAAUGUCCUGCAAAAGAAAAAAGUCGUGUCCACUCCUGAAAAGCCUGAAUUUAUCAAGAGCUCUGCCACUGCUGUCACUGUGACCCCCUCGCCUUCGACUAAAGUUGAGACUAACACUCGCUUCGCACCUGAUUCAUACGCCUCUAUCAAUCUGAAAGACUUCUUCAAAGAAGAGGAACUCAAUUCUCUCGAAGAUCCAGAUAGAUAUGACCAUGACGCUGAAUGUGCCCUUUCUGUGUAUGCGAAAGAUGUCGUGAAGUAUCAACUACAACUUGAGGAGCGCUUUCGCAUUUCAACGAAUUACCUCAGUGGACAUGAUCACAUCACGCCGGAAAGUCGUCGUACCUUAAUGAAUUGGCUCGGUCAACUUCAAAAGCAAUAUCGUCUUCUUUCCGAGACUUUCUCUAUCGCGCAGUACAUCUUGGACGGUUAUGUGUCAAAGGAACGCCGCUUGCCAGUCAACAAAUACCAACUCGUUGGCAUCACGGCUUUGUUGAUCGCUUCGAAAUAUGAAGAAAUUACCCCGCCAACCGUUGAAGAUCUCGUCAAUUUAAGUCAAAACGCAUGUACCGUGCGAGAUGUGCACGCCAUGGAACGUUCAAUGCUCCAGAGUUUGGACUUCAUGCUCCAACGUCCCCCGCCGAUUGCCUUCUUGCGUCGAAUUUCGAAAGUUUCUGAUGUCGACACUGAAACUCAUGCCUUGGCGAAGUACUUCGUUGAACUAAGCUCGUUCGAGUAUUGGCUGGUGGGAGUCAGGCCUUCAAAAAUCGCUGCAGCUUCAUUGUUUUUAAGUUUAACACUUUGGGAGUCGCGAGAUCAAGAAUUUUCCUUGAAGCAGUUGGAUGAAGAGGCUGCGAAACUCUGGUCGGUCCAAACAGCUGUCGAAAUCGGAUACCCCGCGGAAGCGGUGAAACCAGUUGCAUACGAGCUUUGCCUUGUGGUGCUCGAUGCUCACAAGAAAUACGAGGUGAUAUACAAGAAAUACGCUUCGAGCCGAUUUCUGAGCGUUAGUCGUGAACCAUUCCUCGAUUCGCCGCUUGUCCGGCUGUGGGCCUCCCGGGCAACGUUGGUGAAAACCAAGCCCUCGCUAUCUUCGAGUCGUCCCAAAGCAACCAACAUCCGGCGGACCGCCGCAAGCACUGCUGUUUCAUCAGCGGGAAUCGGUUCAAAUAGGCCCCCGUUCCGCGUCUGAAGCCUUUCUCAAAACAAAUACUGUAUCAGGUUGAUGCCACCGCGGGAUCGAAACCGAUUCCUCCAUUAUUUGAGUUUUGAUUUAUCCAACGAUUUUUCUUGUCCCAAUUGAUAUUUCUGGAGGGUUUCCUCGUAUUCGCUUUUGUAUCCAGAGAACUUCUCCAUGUCGCUUUCAGUAAAUAAAAUACGUGAUCGUGUAUGAUCUACCUUUUUAAUCAAAUCUUGUCAAGAAUAGAUUCAAGCCUUGGAAGUUUGACGUUUGUAUAUUACGGAGUAGAUGUGAUGGCUCGUAGUAGGAGCCAAAGACGGCACGGAUUGCUUCGAAUGUAUUUUUACCGCCUGUUUUUUUUUUGG